AUGCUGGCCCAUUCCAGUUACCCAGGCAUUAGUAGAAUUAGUAGUAACAGCGCAGCUAGAGUUAACAGGCCCCCGUACGCUGGGACCGCUGCAACGACACACGACACCUACCGCCAAUACCCCACGCUUCACACAGAAAUCAUGAACAUCGACGUCCAACCUCCGAACCAGGUCCAAGCCGGAUCCACGCUGUACCCACCGCUAGUUGUCACUUCCGACAGCAGCGCAGACUACGACUUUUUGCAGGUGAUGGCGCUCGAUGCUCACGGCCGCGUCCUCGACGGCGUGCUACAUGGGACCCUAUCGACCGCCCGACAAGCUCUCGAUGAUAAUGCCGGAGGUGGGGCCAGUUCGUACUCCUCACUGGAAUAUGCCGUGUUCCCUGACCUGGCAUUUCGGUACUCGGGGUCGUACUAUUUGCGAGUCAGUGCCGUGCGUAUAGACUACAGCCAGCCGGAGCCCGAGGCUGUCGUGGUCACGUCGCUUUGCACUAGGGAAGUGCUGGCCUGGGAAGUCCCUGUUGCGGUCGAAGUACCAUCGAGCCAAGAAAAGUCUCUUCUGCGCAGACUACGACGCCACGGCGGAUUUGGAGUCCCCAGGCCUCCAACUCGUUGA